AAUAGUUUAUUUAACUAUAAAUAAAUUAUUGCUUGAUGCUUGCAUAUUCAAAAUUAAUUCACACGAAAAAGCAAACAUUACUAAACACUUUCUUCACUCUUUAACUGUGUCUAAGGUGCAUAACGUACCUUAUUCUAAUUAACUACUUUGAUGCUUAACCGUACGUAGAAAGUUUUUUUUCUGCGAUUCCAAACAUCAACAGAUAUUGUGUGCUUUUUAAAACAAGUCAAGAAAUUGUGUGUGAAAUCUUAGUUGAUGAAAAAACAGCUAUGAUUAUAAAAGUUACAUUUUUAUUAAAGAUUUUUCGGCAUGGUGAUAGAACUCCUGACUCAUUGUAUCCAAAAGAUCCAUACACAGAAGAUGAUUUUUAUCCAUUCCGAAUUGCUCAUUUAACGAAUAAUGGAAAAUUAAGAGCUUACAAUAUUGGAAGAUAUCUUCGUAAAAAAUACAACAAUCUUCUCGGAGAUGUUUAUACUCCGGAUGUUUUAUAUGGAAUAUCUUCGAAUGUACCAAGAUGUAGAGCAAGUAUAGAAUCAGUUUUAGCAGGUUUAUAUCCUCCAUCUGAAGAAUUAAUUUGGAAUAAAGAUUUGCUUUGGGAACCGAUUCCUUACGAUUACUUACCAAUGAAUGAAAACAAUUUAUUUCUUCCUAUUUAUGCUUGUCCAAAUAUGAACGUAUUAAUGGAAGAGAAUUACAAAAAUCUCGACUCUGAUCCGAUAAUUCAAAAAUAUAAGCAUUUACUUCCGUAUUUAAUAGAGAAUUCCGGUUUGACUGGAAAUCUUUACACCGUGGCUGGACAUUUAUGGUCAACAUUAAAAUCGGAGGAAGAAGCCGGUUUGGAAACACCAGCUUGGGCUCAAACGGUUUAUCCGGAAAUUUUAACAGAACUAACAAAGCAUGGUUGGAAAUUAUAUACAGGGUCAAGCGAUUUAAAGAUUUUAGCUGGUGGAUUCUUGAUGUCGAAAGUUAUUAAUAAUACUUAUUCGACUAUAAAUGGCGAGAAUGAAGCAAAAAAUCGAAAAAUUUAUUUAUAUUCAGGACACGACCUUAACGUUGGCGCAGUUUUGUCUUACUUGGACAAUUUCGUUCCCCAUGCUAUCAAUUAUGGAGCUCAUAUUAUUAUUGAAGUUCACAAGUAUCUUGGAAUUUAUUUUUUGAAGGUAACAAAUAUAACAUUUUUUAAGUAA